AAAAAAAUUCAUUCAUACUUCUCCGCUUGAACGUCCUGAACUUUAGAAUAGGAGCAUCCAUCAUGUUCUUUUUUUCAAAUUUAGUGCCGCUCAAAGUUAGUGCGAAGACGGCCAUUUUGCUAAUUUCAGAUUUGUGUUACUAUAGUAUUUUCUUCCCAUAAGUUAAAUUUAUUUUGUGCAUUGUAGACUCAUUUACCGUGCCCAUUUCGAUCUCACUAAUUUAUUUGCGAUCAAAAUUGACCAUAAUCAUUGCCCGUUUGGCUGUAAUUUGACGGAAAUUUCAACGAUCAAACAUGGUAAAGGCUUUUGCCCAUUCAAGAGAAGGUUCAAACAUUUAGCCACAGGGGAGCGCUGCAGUGGCUUCAUGUAGCAGGGAGAAAGAAAAGGAAAGUCGAAAGGAGAGAGUGAUGGAACUAGCCAAGAAGAGACACUGAACCGUGGGAAAAGCGCGACGAGAGCGCGGCUGAUGGAACGAUCACCCAAGAGAGAAAGAGAAGGAGAGAGAGAGAGAGCAGAAAAGAAAGAGAGAGAGAGAUAAUGAACAAGCGGCGCAUGCCGUAGCGUAGCCACGGCCCCCAACUUGCUCUAAACUCGUGCAGCCUGUCGCGCUGUCGGUCGAAUUUUAAUGGCGGCUCAUUCCGAUCUUCUCUGUUUAGUAGUGUUGUUAUAAAGCGGCGGACGAUAUUUGUACACCUUUAUAUGUUACCCAGGGGAACGAUAGGAGGUUCCAGUGAAUCUCUGUGCUCGGUGUUUCGUCAAGUCCGAGGACUUGUAUCGGGCCUUGUAUCAAGGACAUGGUGCAUAUCCGCGAUGUGUCGUAGCGACCCUCGCGUACGAACAUUCCAUCGUGCGGUCGUGUUAUACGCUUUAGCUUUUUCAUGAAAAACGCCGAUCGCUAGAGGUACAAAUCAAGGGGUGUACAGUUUCAUGUAUUAUUUAAUCUAUGGAACGUAUGUGGGUUCGUCGUAAAAACUGACAAGAACUGCACGGGCUGACCGAUGAUCAUAUCAGAACAAACGAAUCGAAGCUGCGAGCUUUUUUCAUCCCGGAGCCGAUAAUCGACAGGGAGCAGAAUAUCCUUGCCUUUGUGCGAAGACACUGGUCUUAGCUGUCAAGUGCAGCUAUGCUGCUCACACUAAUGAAGGGCGGUGUGUGCAUCGGUGUUACUCGAAAAGUGUGGAGCCAUCUGUCCUACCCUGAUAUCGUCGUCGGGAUGUUUUAAUACCGAAAUCGGGGUACCAGGCAACAAGCAUCAUGACAGUGCCUGGAUAUAUAUGCACCUGGUAGUUUUGCAAUAAUACUGGUUCUCUACCAGUUGGACUUACAACCUUAUUAUACCUUCUACGCUUCCUACCCUAGAUUUGUACACGCACAAACGCACACGCAUAGCGUGUGUGCAUGUGCUUUGUAAACUACUGUCCCCACAUCAUGAGAUUCUUGGGAUUUGUAUCAUUUUCGACUUCGCCUAUGAUAUCGUCAUCUCCUAAGCUGCUACUGCAGUUGCAUCGAUUAUCCUUUUCAUCCAUGUCUAUUGCCACAUGGUUUCUGGUAGUACUGGUAACUGCAGCCAUAGACACACCUAUGAGUACCACUCCUCCUGUACAAGAAAACAGAUCUCUACAUGUGAUAGCACAAUUUCCUGCGGGAGAUGGUCAACGAUAUGAAUUUUAUCCACUAGACCCAAAUGCAACGAGAGAAGGUGCCCUCCGAUUUAAUCACCUUACUAUAGACCCUGCUACAGGAAGACUCUAUGCAGGUGCCAUUAACAGACUAUUACAGUUAGAUUCUAAUUUGAGACUGGAAGAAUAUGUUUUUACAGGACCAAGAUUGGAUAAUCCUCAGUGUCAUGCAUCAGGAUGCCCUUCUAGAGACAUAACAACGUCUCUAAUGGAUAGUGUGAAUAAAUUAUUAAUCGCUGACGUCGAAUCACAAAUGUUAAUCGCUUGUGGUUCUCUCCUUCAAGGUGCUUGCGAGAAGUACAAAAUGUCUAACAUAUCCAUUAAACCGGAAUUCAUCCCCCAUAGUGUAGCAGCAAACGAUGAAACUUCCUCCACGUAUGCUUUUAUUGGACCUGAAAGAUACAAUGCAUGGAGUCAGACAAAUAUUCUGUAUGUCGGCACUACAUUUACUAACAGAGGGGACUACAGACACGAUGUGCCCGCAAUUUCUAGUAGAAAUCUGCACAGUCUAGAGUUCGCUGAAUACACGUUUAACAAGCAGUCAAUAGUAUAUAUUGAUGUAAAAUAUCGAGAUCAUUUUCUGGUCAAAUAUGUGUAUGGUUUCAAUGCAAGUGACUAUGCAUAUUUUGUAUUGGUGCAAAAGAAAUCCUUUCUUCCCGAAGAAGAGGAAAGGGGCUAUAUCUCGAGAUUGGCUCGAAGCUGUAUCAGCGAUCCAAACUACGAUAGUUAUACAGAAGUGACAUUGGAGUGUACUGUAGACUUCGGAGAUGGAAAGCAACAUUAUUAUAAUUUAGUUCAAGAUGCGAAAGUUGCACCAGCUGGGAGCGAUAUAGCAUUACAACUUGGAAUUUCCGUUGGCGACCCUAUCUUUGUCUCUGUGUUUUCACCCAGCAGAAGUAUAACCAACGAGCCACUAUCGCGUUCAGCAAUUUGCGUAUAUAGUUUACAAGAUAUUGAAAUGAAAUUUAACGAAAAUAUUCACAUGUGUUUCAAUGGUAGCAUUAAAUACAGAAACAUGGGUUAUGUCAGUGGCCCCAUACAGGAUGGAAAGUGUCCUAUAGCAGGAGUAAGUAAAAAUACAACAGGUAACAUUUUGAACUUCUGCGAAGUGGGUUUAAAAAUCUCUGGAUCUUCACCGAUUGUGGGACAAGCAAUUUUACAUUUUCCCGAUGAGUUUAUUACCUCUGUAACAAUAGCCAACACAGAAAGUCAUACCGUAGCUUUUCUGGGCACUAACGAAGGCGUUCUUAAAAAAGUUUUACUCUCGGGAACUGAAACGUUUGAGUACGAGAGCAUUGUGAUCGAUAAAGGAAACAGAAUUAUGCCAGAUAGUUUAAUUUCACCGGACGGAAAGCACAUUUACAUUCUAUCGAGUUCGAAAAUUUCGAAGGUUCAAGUAGAGCAUUGUAACAGCUACACCAAUUGCAGCAGCUGUCUCGAUGCAAAAGACCCCUACUGUGGUUGGUGUUCUCUAGAGAAAAGGUGCACCGUUAGAGGAGAUUGUCAAAAGGCGAGUCACAGCAGUCCAAGGUGGCUGUCUUUGGGCACAGGCCAGCAGUGUAUUGAUUUCGAACAAGUUCUCCCGGACCGUAUGCCUAUCAAUCAAAUGACUACAGUUCAUUUGACUAUCAGAACUCUGCCCGAAUUACCAGCAGGUGCUAACUACAAGUGCGUGUUUGGUAACGCGGAGCCGAUCGACGCGUUAAUGACCGGUUUUGGAUUGUCGUGUCCUACACCGCCCGCUGCGGAGAGACCUAAUAUACCCGAAGGAGCUGAUCAUGUCCUGGUACCACUCUCUGUACGUUCCAGCGAGACAAACAAAGACUUUGUAUCACGGAAUUUCGCCUUCUUUGAUUGCUCCAGGCACACAAUGUGCACCGAAUGUGUAAAAUCGCAGUGGCCCUGUAGUUGGUGUGUAUACGAUAACAAGUGUACGCACAAUACCAGCUGCCAGGGAAUUAUUUCAGGAGAGAACAAUCAGGCUCAUCUAGCUGCGCACGGAGUACAGUAUUGCCCAAGAUUCGUCCAACGCAAGGAACCCUUGAUGUUACCAAACAGCGUACAUAAGGAGAUAGUACUCGAGGUGGAGAAUUUACCUCAUCCUCAAGUUGGUCACAGCGGCUUCCAAUGCAUCGUUACAAUUGAGGGUGCGCACAUGAAAGUCCAGGCCCGUGUCGACAGCAGUCGUUUCAUAGUUUGUGAUAAGACGGUUUAUUCGUACGAAGCGGUUACCGGUGAAUGCGAGGGGGAGGUGACGGUCGUCUGGAACACGAAUCAUCACGUCGAUAAGACUACGAUUAAGCUCUACAAGUGUGAAGUGUUGGGUUCCCAUCGGGAACACGCAGAUUGUUCCCUUUGCGUGACCAGGGACGCCCGUUUCGAAUGCACAUGGUGCAGUAAUAGUUGCGUGUACAGACACUCGUGUCUUCAUUCACCAUUCACUGAGUGUCCAAAGCCGAGAAUAGACAUGAUAAAACCGCUCAGUGGACCGAUCGAGGGUGGAACGUUGGUAACAAUCGAGGGCAGCAACUUGGGAUUGAAAGAGAGCGACGUGGAGGGAAAGAUACACAUUGGAAACACUCCUUGCAUUUUAGUCGACUACGAAGUUUCCGUACGCAUAGUUUGUCGCACUGGACGCCACGAAGCUACCGACACAGCUUCCGUGGUGGUCGGCAACGAUGCUGGUUACACCGAGAGCGCGGUUCUAUUCAAUUACAAAGAUAUACACCUGUCCGGUGUCUAUCCAUCAGUUGGCCCACAAAGCGGUGGCACGCAACUCGCAAUCACCGGCAUGUACUUGAACAUUGGAAGCACCAUCUCAGCCUAUUUGGACGAGUUACCAUGCCAUGUAAACGCUACGCAAGCUAGCAGCACCAGAUUGACCUGCGUGACCAGUAAAUCCGACCGAGUCAGAAAAGUAGAAAGACUGACGUUGAGUAUAGACGGAGCUAACCGGACUUUAAUCGGUAACCCUUACAACUACACUCAUGACCCCACCAUCAUGGAGAUCAAGCCACUGACAAGCUUUGCCUCGGGUGGCCGUAUGAUUACCGUUCAUGGUACUAACUUAGACACUAUACAGAAACCAGAGAUGGAAGUUUACUUUGACAAUGAACCGUUACCGAUUAACAGAACAGUUUGCACCGUGCUCAAUCCUAACCAGAUGGAGUGUCCAAGUCCCAGCGUUGCCGCACGAUUUAUGUCCCUGAGACGCAACAAGCGAGCGGCUGUCACUGGCCAAGGCACACCGGUGCAGUCAUUGAAGCUGAAAGAGUCUCAAUUGUCUCUGAGGAUAGCUUUCAUUAUGGACAACGUGGAGAGCGUAAGAGACUUGGACAAGCAUUUUCAGAAUCUUAGGAGCCGGUUGCUGUACGUUGAAGAUCCCAAGUUCCUCGCGUUUCCGCGAAACAUUAAAUUGUACAAGGGCGACACGUUAGUUAUUGAAGGCGAGAACCUGAUAUUUGCUAGCGAUGAAUCCGAUGUGAACGUUACGGUGGGAACAAUGCCCUGUAACGUGACUUCGCUCGCGUCCACUCAAUUAGUCUGUAUACCACCUGAUCAGCAACCCGCGGAUACAGAUGAGCUUGGAAUUAAGACUGAAGAUGGCUUGCCGUUGGUUGUUGUGAGGGUAGGAAAAAGUUUGCGGUUUCCUAUUGGACAUCUUCGAUAUGAAGUAAUAAAAUCUUACCCAAUUCCACCGGAGGCAAUCGCUGGGAUCGCGGCUGGUACAUUCAGUCUGGUGUUUCUGUUUGUUUUGGUCUUAAUCAUUUAUAGAAGGAAGAGCACACAGGCAGAGCGGGAGUACAAGAGGAUACAGAUACAGAUGGACACGCUCGAGAGCAACGUCAGGAUGGAAUGCAAACAGGCGUUCGCUGAGCUGCAAACGGAUAUGACCGAUUUAACAGCCGAUCUGGAAUCUUCCGGUAUUCCUACCUUGGACCACAAAAAUUACAUCAUGAAAGUAUUUUUUCCUGGUGUCACGCAUCAUCCUAUAUUGAAUGAUCCAAGAUCCCGCAGCAACGCUUCUCGUACAAACUACGACGCUGCUAUGAUCCAAUUCGAGCAGCUUAUAAACAACAAGUACUUCGUAUUAACGUUCAUAGAAACUCUGGAAGCCCAGAAAGACUUUAAUAUUAGGGAUAAAGUGAACGUCGCGUCUCUACUGAUGGUGGUUUUGAUGGGGAAGAUGGAAUACGCGACCGACAUACUGAUGAAUCUUUUACUGAGACUGAUCGAAAAAGCCGUGAACACCAAACACCCGCAGCUGAUGCUGAGGAGGACAGAGUCUGUGGUCGAGAAAAUGUUGACCAACUGGAUGGCGCUAUGUAUGUACAAUUAUCUAAAAGACUAUGCAGGUUCCUCGCUGUUUUUACUUUUCAAGGCGAUCAAGCAUCAAAUUGAGAAAGGACCUGUGGAUGUGAUAACCCACGACGCCAGAUACUCCUUGUCUGAGGAGAGGCUGCUCCGUGAGCAAAUCGAGCACAGCGUUGUGACAUUGCACGUGGUUCAAGAUGAUCUCGACGAGAAGAUACAGUGCAAGGUUUUGGAUUGCGACACUAUAAAUCAAGUGAAAUCCAAGAUUCUAGAUGCUCUCUAUAAGAAUACUCCUUUUUCACUGAGGCCGUCCGUGCACGAUGUAGAUCUGGAAUGGCGACACGGUAGGGGUGGUCAUUUGACUCUUCAAGACGAAGAUCUUACGACAAAGUGCAGUGGAGAGUGGAAGAAGAUUAACACUCUGGCGCACUAUGGCGUGAAAGAGUCGGCGGUGAUGUCGCUAAUACCAAGGCAGAACGACGGGUUCUCGGUCGCUUGCAAACCGCCCUGCCACAACUGCAAACCGUCACAUUAUCAUCAUCAACAGCAAGCGGUUCACCAUCAUUCGCAUCACCAUCACUUGCACCGGCACGCGAAUCAUUGUUCGUCCACGCAUCUUCCAUCCACACCUAAUCACAAUCUAAUCAGUCCUAUAAUGUACAAUCAUCCUGUUAGCGGUAUGUAUUUCGAAUCACAGCACUCGCCGCCAAUCAUCACGGCGAACGGCGAUGUGGAGGCCGGUCACGGUGGCAAUCAACGACUGUAUCAUUUAGUAAGGCCUAUAGAGGACAGCCAGUACAUGCCGGGAAUGGGUUUCACUGGUAGCAAACACCACCAUCCCGAACGAACACACAAAGCCAUACCAGAAAUAUUUUUAACGAGACUGUUAUCGACGAAGGGCACCGUCCAGAAAUUCGUGGACGAUUUCUUGAACACGAUAUUGUCCGCAAACGAGGCUCUGCCCAGUGCCGUGAAAUGGCUAUUUGACCUUCUCGACGAGGCUGCCAAACAGCACGGCAUCGUCGAUCCCGAAGUGCCCCACGCAUGGAAAUCGAACAGUCUGCCACUUAGAUUUUGGGUGAAUUUCAUUAAGAAUCCAGACUUCAUGUUCGAUAUCAACAAAUCGACGACGGUCGACUCGAGCCUCUCCGUUAUAGCACAAACAUUCAUGGACUCGUGCUCGAUGACGGAACACAGGCUAGGAAAGGAUUCACCAUCGAACAAGUUGCUCUUUGCAAAGGACAUACCGCAUUACCGAGAAAAAGUCGGCCGUUUCUACACGGACGUGCAGAGACUGCCGCAAAUCACCGAUCAGGAAAUGUCUAGUGCCAUGCAACAGUUAAGUGCGUCGCAUGCUAACGAAUUCGACGUGAUCGCUGCGCUGAAAGAACUUUACAUCUAUGUCAGCAAGUAUUAUGAACAAAUCCUAGAGGCCUUGGAGACAGACGCUGGCUGUCGCAAAUUACACUUAGCCCACAGGCUAGAGAACGUAGCGUGCACACUGGAAGGAGAAGAGACCAGUGCCUGCUGACACAACCUGCUCAUUGCCAUCCCAGGACCCGUCAAUCUCUCCAAAAACACUGACUAGUGCCUCCACUUCAUAUGCAUCAGAUACACCUCGUUACAUAUGUACAAAUCUUACACGCCGUGUGAAUAACAAUGCCGUAAAUACGU